CCCAGUUGAUAGUAUAAAACCUAAAAUGGAACCAAAUAGCAAUAAGGUGUAGAGUUUAUUAAGCCUAGAAAGCAGCAGCAGCAGCAUCAACUCAAGCAAAGUUCGCAUUCCUCCUCCACACCUCAGUCGUCACCAUGGGUCGUAUGCACAGCAGCGGUAAGGGUAUUUCUUCCUCUGCUAUCCCCUACAAACGCACCCCACCUACUUGGCUUAAGAUCUCCUCUCAAGAUGUGGAGGAUAACAUUUGCAAGUUUGCAAAGAAGGGACUUACACCUUCUCAGAUUGGUGUGAUUCUUAGGGAUUCACACGGAAUUGCUCAGGUUAGGAGUGUCACUGGCAGCAAGAUCCUCCGCAUCCUUAAGGCUACUGGUCUUGCACCUGAAAUUCCCGAGGAUCUAUACCAUCUUAUCAAGAAGGCUGUGGCAAUCCGCAAGCAUUUGGAGAGGAACAGGAAGGACAAGGACUCUAAGUUUAGGUUGAUUUUGGUCGAGAGCAGGAUCCACAGACUUGCCCGAUACUGCAAGAAGACAAAGAAGCUCCCACCAGUCUGGAAAUACGAGUCCACUACUGCCAGUACCCUUGUGGCCUAAUCCUCAUGGUAGAAAGACCGUAGCUUUUAGCCAGGGAAAUAUGUGUUUCAUUUCUAUGUAACAGAAUUAUAACGUGCACACUAUUUUUGGUUAUGGUUAGAACUUUUUCUUUUCUUCAUAGGAAGUGUUGUAGUACUUGAAAUCCUUCUAUUUCAUUAUUGGAAAAUUUUAUCGUUGA